AUGGCGGGUCCGCAGGCUUCUCUGCCAUGCGCCUGGAGGAUGGUGGGUCUGGCUCUCGGGGGCUGCUGGUUCUCCGCUGCUUCCCUGCAUCUUCCGUGGCUCUCUGCUGCUGGAGUAUUGUCCAGCCGUGUUUCCGCGCUUAUUUCACCCAUGUACUUUCCUCAAUAUGCGAGUUCCACCGGCUGCUGGACCACGCAGGAAAGUACGGGGCAGCUGAAGCUGGGAUCCAUUGGCUUUGCCAUUGCCCAGCAUCUGGCCCAGGAUGGGGCCCAUGUGAUCAUCAGCAACCGGAAGCAGCACAAUGUGGACCAUGCAGUGACUGCACUGCGGGAGGAAGGGUUGCAUAUGCCGGAACACUGUGGAGGUGUGGACUUCCUGGUGUGUGUAGCGGGGGUUAAUCCCUUGACAGGAAGUACCCUGAGGAGCAAUGAACAGAUCUGGGACAAGAUCCUGGAUGUGAAUGGGAAGGCUCCAGCCCUGUUACUGAGCCAGUUUCUGCCCAACAUGGAAUCCAGACAAGGUUCAGUGGUCCUGGUGUCCUCAAUUGCAGCAUAUACCCCAAUUCCUUGCCUAGGGGUGUACAAUGUCAGUAAAACAGCAUUGCUGGGCCUCACCAAGACUCGGGCAGUGGAGCUGGCACCAAAGAACAUCUGUGUGAACUGCCUAGUACCAGGAAUAAUCAACACAGACUUCAGCCACUUGACUGUUGAAGACCAAGCUUUUAUGGAAAGUAUGAAGAAAAUUUAUGGACUGCAGAGAGUGGGGCAGCCUGAAGAUUGUGUGGGACUUGUAUCCUUCCUGUGCUCCCCAGAUGCCAGCUACAUCACUGGUGAGAGCAUUGCUGUGGCUGGCUGGUCCCCCCACCUCUGA